AUGGAGAAUUAUAAAGUUAAUGAUAUUGUGAUGAUAUAUGGUCAUAAAUCAAUUAUUCAACAUGUUCAAAAUAUUCAAAAUGAAAAUGGAAAAUCAUUUGAGCUUUAUGCAGCAAAAUAUACAAAUAAAAGUGGUUAUACAAAUGGGGUUUACAGAAACAAAAAAAUAUAUGACUCAAAAGAUGAUUUAAUAAUAUUUUGUUCAUAUAGUUCAAUAAAACCAUAUGAUGAAAAAGAAAGUGCAUGUAUAAUCAUACAAAAGAUAUUUAGGGGAUUUCUUGCCAAAAAAAAUUUUUAUUCUUUUGUUUGCUGCACUAUUUGGAGAAAGUUAGAGCAUUUACAUGAAUAUAUAACACUAAAUAAUCAUGAAGAAAUUUAUAAACCUUUAAUAAAAAUAAUAAAAAAAGAUAUAAAAAAAGGAAAAAUUCAGUCUUCAUCAAAAUGUUUUUCAAGUAAUUCGAAUCAAUUUUCUCAUGUUUCUACCAAUUCUUAUGAAUCUAGCUCUUGUGAUACUAAAGUACCAAAAUUAAAAGAUAAAAUUGAUAAAAAUUUUGCUAUGGAAAUGUAUCAGUUUUUCUUAACAUCUAAAAAUAUUGUAUUGCCCUAUAAUUUGGUUCAUAAAAUAUUGAUUAAAACAAAAAAAAUGCUAGAAGAGAAUAUAAAGAGUUCUAUAAUAUACAUAGAUAUGUCUAAAAAAUAUAAAGACAGUAAAUUAAUUUUACUAGGAGAUAUACAUGGGCAGUUACACGAUGUUCUUUGGCUAUUCAACAGAUUUGGACCUCCAUCACCAAAUAAUAUAUAUGUUUUUAAUGGUGAUAUAGCUGAUAGAGGAGAAAAUGCUACGGAGAUAUUUUUACUUUUAUUUAUUUUUAAAUUAAGCAAUUAUGAAAAUGUAGUAAUUAAUAGAGGUAACCAUGAAUGUUCAUAUAUGAAUGAAGUUUAUGGAUUUUAUAAUGAAGUAAUUUCUAAAUAUGAUAACACUAUUUUUGAUUUGUUUCAAAACAUUUUUGAAUUAUUAAGUCUUGCAGUGAAUAUUCAAAAUCAAAUAUUUGUAGUUCAUGGUGGGUUAUGUAGAUAUCCAAAUGUAACAUUGAAAGAAAUAGAUUCUUUGAAUAGAAAGAAACACGAAAUUUUACAUCCAGAAAAAAAAGAAGAUACAAUAAUUUUUGAUUUAUUAUGGUCUGAUCCUCAAAAAAAAAAUGGGAUAGGUGAGAAUGCAAGAGGAAAUAAUUGUAUAAGUUUUGGACCAGAUAUAACAGAUUCGUUUUUAAAAAAUAAUGAUUUAGAUAUUUUAAUUAGAUCUCAUCAAGUUCCAAAAAGUUUAAAAGGAAUUGAAAGUCAUCAUGAAGGAAAAUGUAUUACAUUAUUUUCAGCAUCUAAUUAUUGCAAUAAAAUAAAAAAUUUAGGUGCUAUAAUUGUCUUUAACCAAGACUUAACUUUUGAAGUGCAAGAAUAUAUGUCUCCUUCACUUGAGAAAAUAAGAGAAACUUUUGAGGAAAACCAAAAAUUAAGAGAAAAAGUUUUGCAUUAUUCAAAAAUAUUAGAACUAGAAAAAAAUGAACAAAAAAAAAAUAAGAAGAUAUCUAGUGAAGGUAUAAUGAAUGAUAUCAUGAGUUCCUUGAGCGCUUUAAUUUGCAAUGAAAAAAAUUCUUUAUGGAAUAAUUUAUAUACAAAAGAUGAACAAAAAACUGGAAUUGUUAAUAUAAAUAUAUGGAUAAAUGAAUUAGAAAAAGUUAGCAAAAUAAAAAAUGUUCCAUGGAUUUAUUUAUGUAAAAAAUUAAAAAUUAUCGAAAAUAAUUGUGUAAAUUAUAAUAAUGUCUUAAGUAGAUUUAAAAUAAAUUAUGCUCCUAACGAAAAGUUUAUAAAUACUGAAUGGAAGAAUGAGUGUUUUGAGCAUCUGUAUGAAUCUUUACUAAAAGCAGACUUAAGCUUAAGAGAAACUUUGAUGGUAUUUGAUAAGAAUUUAGAUGGAAAAGUUACAUUUUCAGAAUUUGAACAAGUUUUAAAAGACUUAAAUAUAGAUCUUUCAGUUGAACAAAUAAGAAUUUUAAUGAGAUUGAUCAAUAGUAACUCCUUGUGUAACAAAAAUAAAAUACUUGAAAAUGAUAAAAUUGAUGUAGCUGAAUUUAUCGGUAAAAUGAGAGUAUGUUAUCGAUUAUCAAUUAAUAAGGAGUAUAUAGAUAAUGAAAAAAUAAAAAAAUUAAUUGAAACUAUUGGUAAAUAUAUAUUAUCUGAUAGUACAGAUACAGCUAAUUUUCAUUAUAAAUUUUAUGAAGAAAAUAGUUUAAGGAAUAAUUCUGAAAGAAGAAAAAGAUCAAGUGUAAUAAAAGCUGUUGCUUUAUUUCAGAAGUUUAAAAAUUAUGAUAAUUUCGGAAAUGGUUAUUUGGAUUAUAAUGAUUUUGUUAAAGCAAUUAAAACUUUCGAUAUAAAAAAAAUUAGUAAAGAAGUUAAUUUUGAAGUUAAUGAUAGUAUUUUAUUGGAACUAGCUAAAUCUAUAGACGUAACAAAGUCAUCUAAAAUCAAUUUCUUAGAAUUUUUGCAAGCCUUUUAUAUUGUGAAUAAAAGUAAAUAUUCUUAUGUAGACGAGAUAUGGUGUCAUAUAUGUACUGUCAUAUAUGAAAAUAAAAUAGCUUUAAAAAAAUGUUUGAAAUACAUAGAAGACUCAAUUCAGGGAAGAAUAACAAGUUUACACUUUAGAUAUGUUUUAUUAGAAUUAAAUAAAAUUUUGCAAGAACAAAAAUAUGAAAUGAAUAAACCUUUAACAGAUGAACAAAUAGAUUUGUUAGCAUAUUCUGUAGAAACAGAUGAUAAAGUGGAUUAUAUUGAAUACCUAAAUUCUUUUAAGCCUGUUUAUAUUUAUUUAAAUGACAAAUAA